AUGGGGGUUUUGGGGGGAAUUAGUGGGCGUACCAGAAAGAGGUACUGCGCCUCCUGCCCUUCUGCGGGCUCAGUGCCCUGUGAUGGGGCGGGCUUGAUGUCCUCUGGCUGGGACCCCUCCCGCACAGGGAGCCCCAGGUGGGCAGCGAGCAGAGCUGGGGACUCUGGACUCGGGAGAUGGCCCUCCUCCCGCCCUUAAGAGCCAAGUGGGGGGCUUGUUCACCCUGUAGCGCCCCAAACGACUCCGGGACUUUCCCGGCGUCGCUCCUGGAGAGCUUGGGGACCUAGUUCCAGUCCCUCAUUCUGGACCUGGGUGUGGGGGGUGAUACGGAAACGGGGUUGGGGGGAGGGACGGACGGCCCCCGGGCGGGCAGACAAUGGGUAGCGGAUGGAACCGCCCGGCGGCGUUUCCUGCAGGAAACUGCUCUGUCUCUACGAGGCUGUCUUGUGGGGUGUGUGUGUGUGUGUGUUGGGGGUGGGGGGGUACCUGGAGGGAGAGGUAUCUCUCCCUCCCACCAUCAUCAGCCUCCACGCCCACGUCAGGGGGUCUGAGAAUCCAGCUCCAACUUUAGGGGAUGCUACCAUUCAGGGCCUCAAGCCUGGAAGAAACACCCCCCCCCAUCCCCAGGACCGGGAUCCGCGCUACCCGCCGAGUCCCCCACCCUGCAGGUUUCCUGAUCGCAACUCCGAGUCCCGAAAUAGUCCCUGGGGCGGGAGCGGGGGCGUAUGGCGUCGGCUCUGACGGCCUAAUGAGGGGGUCUUAGGCAGAGGAUCCGAUCUAGCUGACAUCUCCUGCAGGGAACGGAGAAGAGGGGAGGGCAGCCGCGCCCCCACUCUGGUGGGGCUGCGGCCGGCCCCUGGAGCCGCCGCGGCGUGGGCCUGCCUCUUCCCCCCUUAGGGAAGCACGCAGGGAUAGGCAGGGAUGCAGCCUGGGAGGGAUGAACCCCAUCGGGCUCUCUGCCACUGCCCUGCAGAAGAGGGCUGCUUCUAGAAGGCCAUCAAGUGAGUGGCCAAUGCAGAAACACUAGCAAAACCGCCUGCGUUAAAAUCCUGCCUCUGCCCAUGUGUGACCUGGGACGGGUCCCCUAAUAUCUCUGGGUCUUGGUUUCUCCAUCUGUGCAGUAGGGUAAAGGGUAAUGAUAAGAAAACCUCCCUCAGAGUGUUUAGCUAGGAUUUUUUUUUUAAGUUAAUACCCACAAAUCGCUUAAGUAGAGAGUGACGCAUAGUAAAUGGCAAAAGUGUUGUUGUUGUUGUUGUUGUUAUUAUUAUUUAUCAUUCUUGAGGCAUCAUUUCUCACCCUAGCGCCUGGGUCCGGCUGCUCUAGCUGAUUGGGGUCUUAGGGACGGCCCACAGCUGUUUUUUGUUUGUUUGUUUUUUUGUUUUGAAUUUUUUUUAAGUUCCCAGGACCUCAAAUUUGGGUGUGACGAGGUCACCAGAGGAGGGGGCUGAGCCCAUUGAGUCACACUGCCAGCUGUGGGAGGCGGGCCCAGACCCCUAAUCGGUCCAGGUUUUUUUCCACGACUCAACUCUUCCCUGGCAGUUUCCUGAAAACAAGUUGUGUGAGCACAGGCCGUCCUCCCUGAUGACCGGCUGCCCUGCUGGCCUGCCCCUCUCGGCCGGUGUAAGGGGACAGGAAACAGCUGCUUCAGGACUGGAAGGGGCCCUGCCUGCCUGGGGGUGGGGUGAGGGAGGUUUUAGGGACACACACUGGGCAUAGGUCCGGAGUGGCAGGGUCCCCCCAGCAGUGGAGCAGGGGAUAUUCAAUGGCUGGUGGGUGUCGGGGUACAGAGGUGGUCAUCAGAAGUGUGGGAGGUUAGGAGGGGCGAUGGCAAAGGUUGCCAGGUGGUUGGCACAUAGAGCACUGGGUCAGGGAGAGGACAGAUGGGUCCGGCAGGCCCCUGGUGGUGGAGGCUCGGUGGGCAAAGGGUCCCCGGAAGAUGGGCAGAGCCCAGUCUGAGGACAUUUCCUGCAGAGAGCUGACCUGGUUGCUCUGUGCCUUAGUUUCCCCAUCUGGAAAAUGUGAAUGAUAAUAUCCACCUUACACAAUUGUAUGGGGCUUGCAUUUAAUCAGGCAGGGCAUACAGUAGAUACUGAAGCUUUCCCUUCCUCAAAGGUUUUUCGUGUGAGCUCUUCAAAGCCCCAUUUUCCCUGCCCCGUGCUUUCUGAUUGUCCCUGUUAAUUACCACAUGAGAUGUGGCCCACCGUCCCUCGGUUUCGUAGAGCCUCCAUCAUGUAUCCCGAAGAGUCCCCCCAGCCCCAGGUAUAGCCACAGUUCUGACAACCUGGGUGCUUAUAGUUCCAUUACAAGCUCCUACGAGCCAGGAACAGAACCCUGUGGCACUCCACUAGAGACAUCCUAGGGAGAAAGGUCUCCACUGAUUUGAAUCCUUGGUACAUCUGGCCCACGACUCUCCAUCAUGACGACAAGGCUCUCACAAGUGACCUGGUAAAAACUCAGAGGCACAAUUAUAUCUUGUCUGCAUUUCUUUAAGGAAAAAAGGAUUCAAGUGAUCCUGCAUUUGUCCCUUUUUUAAUAUGCAGAAUCUGACCAGAUGAAUUUCUACGGAGCCCAUGGAGGGCUUCCAGCUCUCACCUUCUUCUUCUGAAGGUUCACACCUCAUCCCUUAGAGCACCAGCUUCUAAUUUUGCUCUGGGACUGACACAGCUUGGCAGGUCUGGAAUGACCCUUCCCAGCCCCCACACCUAGUCACUCAUGCUCUCUGAUGACUCUCCUCUCUUCUUGGUGCCCUUCCUGCCUCCUCCUCCCCAGCACGCUGAGGCCUGGACCUGGGGACGCCCGCAUUCAUUCAUUCUGAAGUUCCAAGGCCUCUUGAAGGAUCAGGGAGGACAGGACAUAUGUGUGUGGGAGGGUGGAUGAGGGUCUGUUUACUCACUUAGAGUUCCAGCUGACUCCAGAGGGAUGGGGCCAGCCCCAGCCUCACCCCCUCUGGGGACAUUUUCCAGGGUGUGUCUGGCAGCUACUCCAGAAAACAUGGCCAAGUUUGCCCUGAAUCAGAACCUGCCUGACCUGGGUGGCCCUCGCCUGUGCCCCAGCACCACCGAGGGCGCCCGCAGCCCGAGCUCGCCCUACUCAGUGGAGACGCCCUAUGGCUUCCACCUGGACCUGGACUUCCUCAAGUACGUGGAGGAGCUGGAGCGCGGCCCCACCACCCGCCGCGCCCCCGGCCCCCCGCCUGCGCGCCGCCCCCGUGCACCCCGGGCGGGCCUCGCAGGCGCGCGUAGCCCAGGCGCCUGGACCUCCAGCGAAUCCCUGGCCAGUGACGAUGGGGGAGCAUCGGGCGCACUCUCCCCCGGCGCGCCCUCGGGACUCCUGCUGCCGCCGCUGUCGCCGCGCGUGCCCGUGCGUAAUCCGCGGGUCGAGCACACGCUCCUGGAAACUAGCCGACGGCUGGAGCUGGCGCAGGCGCACGAGGGCGCGCCCAGCCCCGCCCGCGCCGUCCCGCGCAGUCCGCGAGGAUCUGGUCGCAGCAGCCCCGCCCCCAGCCCCGCCUCCAACCCCGCCCCCGCCUCUCCCGGUCCCGCGCAAUUGCAGCUGGUGCGCGAGCAGAUGGCCGGGGCUCUGCGGCGCCUGCGCGAGCUCGAGGAACAGGCGCGCGCGCUGCCCGGGCUGCAGGAACAGGUGCGCGUGCUGCGUGCGGAGAAGGCGCGGCUGCUGGCAGGGCGCUGGCAGCCGGAGCCCGACGGGGAGGCCGAGGCGCGCCCGGACAAGCUAGCUCAGCUUCGCCGGCUCACCGAGCGCCUCGCCACCUCCGAGCGUGGCGUUCGCUCCAGGGCCAGUCCCUGGGCCGAUGGCCCCGACGGGCCGGCUUCUAGGGGCAGUGAAGGCGCGCUCCAGGCCCCCGACGCAGCCGGGACCCCAGACGGGGCGCUGCAGACGCGGGAGGCUGGCGUCCAGGCGGUGCCGGAGACCCAAGACGCCAGGGCCCAGGCAGUGCCGGAGACCCGGGAGGCUGGCGUGGAAGCGGCCCCCGAGACCCUCGAGUCGGACGCGUGGGUGACCGAGGCGCUGCUGGGGAUGCCCGAGGCUGCCGAGCGCGAGCUGGAGCUGCUCCGCGCCAGCCUGGAGCACCAGCGCGGGGUGAGCGAGCUCCUGCGCUGCCGGCUGCGAGAGCUGGAGGAGGCCCGAGAGGCUGCCGAAGAGGAGGCAGCGGCAGCUGCGGCGGCUCAGCGGCUGCACGAGGCUGCUACCCAGACCCCGUGGGCUUGCGCCGCGAAGGCCACACAGACCGAGACCCCCGCCGAGGACCCUGGCCUGAGCCAGGAGAACCCGACGGGACCCAUGGAUGCAGACAGAGCCAUGGCCCCUGCGGGCAUCCUCAAAUCCAUCAUGAAGAGGAGGGAUGGUACACCUGGCGCCCAGCCCAGCCCUGGACCCAAGAGCCUGCAGUUUGUUGGGGUCCUCAACGGAGAGUAUGAGAGCUCAUCCAGCGAGGACGACAGCGACAGUGACAGCGACAGCGAGGACGGUGCUGCCGAGCCUCCAAGGAGCAGCUCCUCCGGGGAGGACAGCGGCAGGGAUGUUGGGGACGACAGUGGCAGGGAUGCCCUGGACCCGGAGCUGGAGCCCGAGCCCACGCCCGAGCUGGAGGCAGAACCUCAGCCUGGUGCGCAGGGAAGGUGCGAGCUGAGCCCGCGUUUGAGGGAGGCGUGCGCAGCGCUGCAGCGACAGCUGAGCCGGCCCCGCGGAAUCACCCGCGAUGGCGGCGCGGCGCGCCUAGUGGCCCAGGAGUGGUUUCGAGUGUCGAGCCAGCGGCGCUCUCAGGCAGAGCCCGUGGCGGGGGUCCUGGGCGCGGUGGCGCGCCUGGGACCUGAGCUCCUGGCGCACGUGGUGAACCUGGCUGAUGGCAACGGGAACACAGCCCUGCACUACAGCGUGUCCCACGGGAACCUGGCCAUCUCGAGCUUGCUGCUGGAUACCGGGGUCUGCGAGGUUGACCGCCAGAAUCGGGCUGGCUACACGGCCCUCAUGUUGGCUGCACUCACCUCUGUGGGGCGAGAAGAAGACAUGGUUGUGGUUCAGAGACUCUUCCACAUGGGCAACGUUAAUGCCAAGGCCAGCCAGACAGGACAGACAGCCCUCAUGCUGGCCAUCAGCCACGGCCGCCAGGACAUGGUGGCAGCCCUGCUGGCAUGUGGGGCAGAUGUGAAUGCCCAGGAUGCGGAUGGGGCCACAGCACUGAUGUGUGCCAGCGAGUACGGGCGCCUGGAGACUGUCCGGCUGCUGCUGGCCCAACCAGGCUGUGACCCGGCCCUCCUGGAUAAUGAGGGCACUAGCGCCCUGGCCAUUGCCUUGGAGGCCGAGCAGGAUGAGGUGGCUGCACUGCUACAUGCGCACCUGAGCUCGGGCCGGCCGCAGUCCCCGUCACCCCUUGAGUCCCCCACAGCUGCGCCUGGUGAAGGAAAACACAGUGACCAUAAAGAAGACCCCCAGACUCAGUGAGCAGCCUGGCACCCUGGACCUGGAUUGGGAGAGUCCGUUCCUUCCUCCACCCCAGCCUCUGGGGCACAGCAAGGACCAGGGUUUGCUAUCCACAUGCUACCGUGGGCCAAGAGAAAGGCUCAGAUGACCCAGUGCUCAGGAGGGGCUCACUUUGGACCAGUGGGGUGAGGAAGGGGCUGGAAAGUGACAAGCCCCUGAGUCCACCCACUUGCAGAAUAAAAUAUUACUAACUCAA